GUCUUAAUGUGGAAGCCGCACAAUGGCCAACGCAUGACGCCGGAUAUAGCAUGAUCAUCUUAAGAACACAACAGCUGACGUGAAAAAUGGCGACGCAGACGACAAACGAAGAAAUCGCUCCGGAUCACAAAUAUCCUGGGUACACGGAGGAAGCACACCCGGAGCUGUUUGACCGCCGGGCCAUGCUGCCGCAACCGUCGGAACUGAAACCAGGCCAGCUGCCGGCGUCCCAGAUCAAAGAAUACUUCGAAAAUGGUUACACGGUGGUGGAGAAGUUUUUCACGGAGGCCGAGCUGGAGCCGGUACGUGCCUGCGUCAACGGGGUCGUGGAUGAUCUCGCACAAAAACUCUACAAGGCGGGAAAAAUACCAGAGCUGUAUGCGGAGUACGGGUUUCUGGAGAGGUUGACCAAAGUCGAGGCGGCCUUCCCAGGCGCAUGCAUCAUUUGCUCAAAACUAGGCGCCGUUCCACAGGCGUUGAAAGACCUCUGGGCGAACGAGCGUCUCCUGAACGUGAUUGAGCAGCUCAUUGGGCCGGAUAUAGCCGGCAAUCCCGCCUGGAAUCUGCGUACCAAGGUGCCAAACAACAGCGUCACCACCGUCCCAUGGCACCAAGACGUCUCCUACCUUGACAACGACACGUACCGGAUGUUGAUACCGACCGUUUGGAUUCCUUUUGUGGACUCCACAGCUGAGAACGGCUGUCUCGAGGUUAUGGACAAGGGCCACCGGACGGUUAAGGUCGCCACCCACCAGUGUUGCUAUGGAGACACGUUUUACACCAUCCUGAAGGAGGCGGAGAUGGAGAGGACGCUGGGCGUGAAUAUGGAGCGCGACCGCCGCACACUUCCGGUUAAGAGCGGCGGCUUUAUCCUCUUCAAUAACGUCAUCCUCACCGGAGCCUGCCGAACAUGUCCAAGGCACAUCCGAUGGAGCCUCGACCUCCGGUGGCAGCGGGCGUCCGAUCCGGCGGGUCUCUGGGAGCUCAAAAACGGCGUCGUGAUGCGCAAGGGAUCGGACCCGCACUUCAAGGUGGACUGGACGGAGUUCGACUCGGUGAAUAGGCCCCUUUAUGCAGACGGAGUAUGUGAAGGGCGACAAGGCGGACCUGACGGAAGAGGAAUUCGACACGACGAUCCAAGGACCGUGGAUGAAAAAAUGGGCCAUCGUACACAUGAACAGACACGUUCCAUAAACAGGAGCAGGAGAAGAUGGUCGCCGAGCAGAGCAACACCGCGUGACCGCCACGUGGCAGCGCAUAGCGCGUGAAACAUGUAGCGUUCAAUAUAAUGAUACCGAAGCAACGCAAUACGAAUUAAAUGAUUAUAGCGAGUCUAGCCUGACUUUCAUAGUGUCGGUAUUCAUAUUGCUCUUGAAAGAAAAAUUAAUCCAGCGUGUACAUCAAACAAAUAAUUUGAUUUGUUAAAUCUCACACGUGUUCAGUUUUAAAAGGAUAACAAUGAAUUGUCUACGAAAUAUUUACUGCGUACGCUGUGUGUUAAAAUACAUAUAUACAUUGUUUCGAGGGGCCAAAUAUUCAAUACACCGUGUGUUAUCAGUAUUUAUACACUUUAUGUUUUUACACAUUAUACACAAAAAGAAAUACUCGGUUGUCGAACUUGAUAUGAAAAAUGUUGGGGAUGCGUUUUCAUUAUCACGUUAAUUUUUUGUGUUUUGUUAUAUGUAUUCGGAUUUAAGGGUUUAUGCAAUAAAAAACUACUAACUAUAUUUCUAUGUCUAUGUAAUCGGAUAAACUUCUCAUGUUUUAUAAAUGUGCUCUACCUAUACUGUCAACUUGUGUGGAAAUGUGCAAUACAUACGUUGUUUGGAAUGAUUUUUGUUACUUUAAAUACUGUUUGGUUGUAUGGGCAUGUUUAAUUCGACAUACCUCACAGUAUUCGUUCACUGUUUUGAGAAAUAUUGCAUUGUGAUUGAUGCAUAUUAUAAAGUAUUGUUCAUUUGUAUUGUCGUCAUGCGGUAUUUAUGUUAUUAUUAUUAAAGACACUCAGAACG